AUGUUGGUUGAGAAAUAAUUUUACAAGACCAUAAGGGGGCGCCAUAUUCACCGGCUAUAUCUAUCUUCAUAGAUAAAGAAAUUGUAGUAAAAUAUGAUUAGUAGUACUUUUUAAAAUGAAUAACUCAACCCGUGAUUUUUACAUUUUGAAUGCAGUACAAUUACAGUAUGUUACAGUAGUUUAGCAUAGUUAUUUUUAGUUUAUUAGUGUAAAUAGUAGAAUGUUGUACAAAAGAUGGGCUCUUUAGUAGCUUUAAACGGCCGGAAAUGGAAAUGUCAACGUGAUCUCGCGCUGUCUAUAAACAAACGGCCACGUCGUUAGUUCCAUCCGUGUACUUUUUGCCCUAUCGGUCCGAAGUGGGUUAUGUCCUCCAUUAGAAACCAUAGGCGCACUGAUCGUGAUUGACAGGCUCUCAGACCAAAGGAUGAACAAAUUUCUUUCGCGGCCUCCGUAAACAUACCAAUGAAACAACUCGGAGUCAUUACUGCAAUUUUAUUGGGUGAAGUUCUGAAUAAUAUCCUUCAGAAGGCGGGACCUACCCGCUUUGCUUCUGCUCGAAGACGCCUUUACUCCCGCCUCCAUUUCUCAGUCACAAGGGCAGCGCCCAAUGAUAUGAAGCGCCUUGUGGGCUGACCACGUCAACAGACUGAGCUGUGAAAGACAGCUGGAACACGCAAUCGAAAUCUGCUUAGUAGACGAGCCGUGAAGACUGACAGGCGCUCGCACCUGUCAGCGCAACCUGCAUGGAUUUACAUACGAGCGUUGGUCAUACGCAGCCAAUAGGCGUUUGGAUAUGGGGCGGGGCUUGACGUUACCACGGCGCGGACAACGUCAAGUAUAAAGGGAAUAACAUGGUGCUGUUGAGUGCGUGUUUACGUUAAGAGAAGACAACAGGAAAAUAUUAGAUAGCUUACGAAUUGCACAACGCCUUUUUAUAGUCUAGUUUUUAAAAUUCACCCCGCCUUUUGGUAUGUGAUUGCCUAACUACUCAUGUGCCACUUGUCCCAAUGGAAAGGGGGUUUCAGUUUGGAAACGUGUGCAUAUCGCUGCUUCUGUUGCUUGUUUUGAGAACGUUAACGGGCACUUUGCAAAGUCAGUCUCUCUCGGAGAGGGAACUCGAAGCGGUCCCGACGCCAGAUACAAAGGCGGCAGAAGAUGCUGCCGUUAUGGAGCGGGCACUGGACAGCGUCGGAGGAGCCCCUGGCAUCGGAGAAGUGACCGUAGAGGACGACGACUACGGCUCGACCGGAGACAGCGAGGAACCCUCUGGAGACAGCGACACAAACUUCUCUCAACGAAGGAGGGUUCUGGUGAUCAUCAGCACUUUGGAUGGAAGAAUCGCAGCUCUGGAUCCUCUAAACCAGGGACGCAAGCAGUGGGACCUGGAUGUUGGCUCAGGAUGUCUAGUCUCCUCUAGUCUCAGCAAACCUGAGAUUUUUGGGAAUAAGAUGUUCAUUCCGUCUUUGGAUGGAGCGUUGUUCCAGUGGAACAGGGAUCGGGAGAGUAUGGAGGCUGUCCCCUUCAGCGUCGAGUCCCUGUUGGACUCUUCGUACCGCAUCGGAGAGGAUACUGUGCUGGUGGGCGGCAAGUCCCUCACCACAUAUGGCCUAGGAGCAUAUAGUGGCAAGUUGAGGUAUAUUUGUUCGGCGGUGGGCUGUAGUCGGUGGGGGGAUGAGGAAGGGGAGCCAGAGGACGUUCUGCUACUCCAGAGAACACAGAAAACUGUCAGAGCAGUGAGACCCCGCAACGGCUUUGAGAAAUGGAACUUCAGUGUGGGAAACUUUGAGCUGAAAUUCGUCCCUGAGAUUCAGUCCAACCUCAACUUCCUGGAGGGGGAGGCGACUAACGGGGAGACAUGGCACGAGGUCCGACAUCAAGCACAACGCGUGAUCCAGGAGGAGAGCGACGCACAAACCAAAAAUCAUGCUAAAACGCAUUCAAACUCGCACGCUCAGGUAGAAGGUUUAGAUCUGGUCAUCAAAGUCUCUGUGCCAGAUUGGAAAGUCAUGGCCUUCAGCACCAAACCAGAAGGACAACUGAUCUGGGAACAUCAGUUUUGCACACCCAUUGCCUCUGCAUGGCUGGUGGGGGGUGGCAAGGUGACGCCCAUCAGUCUUUUUGAUGACACGACCUACACCGCCAACUCUGAUACUGAGACUCAGGAUGACGAUGACAUCAUGGAGGAGGCUCGGGGGGCCACGGAGUCCAGCGUUUACCUGGGGAUGUUUCAGGGUCAGUUAUACCUUCAGUCUUCUGUGAGAAACUCCGAGAAGUUUCCAUCAAAACCCAAAGCUCUUAACGGACGCGGGAGCAACACGGAUAUGAUACCACCGCCUACCGUCAAAUGGAAACCCCUCAUCCACUCUCCCUCUCGUACUCCAGUCCUGGUGGGCUCUGAGGAGUUUGAUAAGUGUCUGAAUAAUGAUAAAUUCUCUCAUGAGGAAUACAGCAAUGGAGCACUGUCUAUACUGCAGUACCCGUAUGAUAACGGAUACUACUUUCCAUAUAGUCCACGUUACCGCAGUCGGCGUGAUGAGACGGCAAUAAGUGUUUUGCUAAAGAAGGAUGGCGAGAACUCUCAAAUGAGAAGAAAAGACCCUGUGCUGCUCCUGCCGUGGUGGAAAGAGAUUCUGGGUACCAUCAUCUUCUGCAUCGCUGCCACCACCUACAUCGUCCGCAAGUUCUUCCAUCCACCCACAGCAUACGUACGGCAGCGGAAGGAGUCUGAGACACAGUGUCAGACUGACAGCAAGUUUGAAUUGGACGGAAAAGAGCCUGAAGAAGUUGUCAUCACCGAGACGCGUCCUAGUGAAUACGUCUCAAGAUACCUGACAGACUUCGAGCCCGUUCAGUGUUUGGGUCGUGGUGGAUUUGGUGUUGUGUUUGAGGCACGCAACAAAGUGGACGACUGCAACUAUGCCAUCAAGAGGAUCCGCCUUCCCAACAGGGAGUUGGCUCGUGAGAAGGUCAUGAGAGAAGUGAAGGCGCUCGCUAAGCUGGAACACCCAGGCAUCAUCCGUUACUUUAACGCUUGGCAGGAGAGUCCGCCUCAGGGCUGGCAGGAGGACAUGGAUAAACGCUGGCUUAAAGAUGCCAGUACUGCUGACUGGCUGCUGAGCUCUCCCGAACACAUGGAAGCAUUCUCAGUCAAAGUUCCUGUGGCCACUCCCUCUCCGGUGGACUCCUCGUGCAUGUGUGCGGCUGGCGGGGAUACGAGCGUGUGCGCAGGGGAUCAGGUGUGCGUGGACGGUCUGCUGCCGGACAGUAUGAUGUCAGAACGAGACAGCCAGGCCGAUCCAGAUGCUGUCCUGGAGGUCUCCAAUUCCCCCCACUCCUUCGAGCUCUGCCCUCCCCGUACGGUCGCUCACGGCGACUGCACUUCAUCCUCCUUCGAUAUCGUCUUUGAAGACUCAGGCUGUGAACACCAGGACAAUGACAGCGACCUCAGCGGAAGUACACCUGUGCCACCUGCGUGCCCCUCACGAUCUGGCUCCAAACCCCAGUGUUCAUCUACAGGGCCACCCUCUUCCUCGCCUCCACGGCCCACCUCUCUGAACCUGGCUCCCAGCACCCCCUGCUCUGCCGUACGACCACCGCUCACACCUAAAGUCUACCUGUACAUCCAGAUGCAGCUGUGCAGGAAGGAGAACCUGAAAGACUGGAUGGCACAGAGGUGUCUGCCCGAGCAGAGGGAGCACAUGCAGUGUCUGGAUAUCUUCCUGCAGAUUGCAGAGGCUGUGGAUUUCUUGCAUAGCAAGGGACUUAUGCACAGGGAUCUCAAGCCGUCUAAUAUCUUCUUCACCAUGGAUGACGUGGUGAAGGUGGGAGACUUCGGGCUGGUCACUUACAUGGAUCAGGAGGAAGAUGAUGAGGAUUUGAGCACCCUCACACCGAUGCCAGUCUACGCCCGGCACACCGGCCAAGUGGGCACUAAGCUCUACAUGAGCCCUGAGCAGCUGUCUGGGAAUUCUUACUCUCACAAGGUGGACAUUUAUUCGCUCGGCUUGAUUCUCUUCGAGCUGCUCUAUCCAUUCCGCACACAGAUGGAGAGAGUCAGGACACUCACAGAAGUCAGAGCUCUACAGUUUCCUGUUGCUUUCUGUAGGGCUAAUGUCCACGAAGCUCAGAUGAUACGCUGUAUGCUCUCCCGAAUACCCGCAGAGCGUCCCGAAGCCUCAGAAAUCACAGAGGCCCCUCUGUUCCAGGAGCUGGAGGUGCCUUGCAGAAUCCGACAACGUACUCGAACAUACAGCGCGUCAUCUGCAGGGCGACCUACACGACAGAUAUCCUCAUCAAACUCAAACUAGAACUCCCACUUAAAGACACGUACUGUGCCUCACCUGCGGGACGACAAACUCAACCUGUCACCACCUCUCAGCACACACAUCAUUCAGACAUCUUUUUACUAACUGUUAUUUCCAUAGCUGAAGCUCACCAGACUAACGGAUCAUUCCACUAACUUCUAAAACUGCUACACUGCGUCUCAUUCUCAACUGGCCUAUCGAGGCUGUUUUCCAGCUUACUUCAAUUUUUGCACUUCUUUGAAGUCAUUGUUGACCAAUCCCAUGAUUCCCAGCUCUGUUACCAGAAGAAUCAUUCUUGCACAUUAACCGUUGCUGUAAGAGGAGAGUUGAUGAUCUGCCUUUGGAUGCCGUUUACUCUGCAUGUCUUAAACAGGAAGUCGUGCAAUGCGGGCGUUCCCGUCUGAACAGAAAGUGUACAAGUUAUUUUCCUCCUCUAAUGUAUAUAGGUUUAAAUACGAAUCAAGCAAGAGAGACUUUGUAAGCUUUAAAGGUGCUCCUUUAAGACUGAACGCACAAGUUACGAGGCAUUAGAGCCACUCGCUGUUUACGGGUAAACAGUUGGUGGUGAAGGUGUGCUGUAAUUGAUGAGAAAUGAGACAGAAAUGUUCAAACUGCCUUUAAGCUGGAGACACGAAUGACAUGUUUUUGAAUACGGUCAGUAUGAAGCUUCUGCGCUGUCAGGUUGAGAAUUGAAGAGCGAAUUGAAACCAAGAAAACGUUCUGUAAAAUAUUUCCCUCAUUAGCACCCAAAUGUAGUUUACAGUAUCUCUGAUUGUUUUGAAAUGAAUUUUCACAGUCUGAAGAAGAAAAGCUUUGACUAGUCACAUGAUUUGAAAGGAUACAGCCAGAGCAAUCCCUUCGACCAAAUAUUCAACAUAGCACCCUUAAUUGUAACAUAUCAGGUAAUGUUUUUUCUUAUCAAUUUUGAUUAGAAGGACCGAUGUCAUUUUCUUUUGUACAUGAUGACAUUUUAUGUAUAUUAACUGCUUUUUACACGACUUUUUUCGAUUUCUAUGGACUUUUUUUCCUAAGAAUGAUCAAAGGUGAGAGAGAAUGGAUAAUCUACGGUUAAAUCUUAACUGAUCUUUAUGGUGAUGUGAUCGGUAAGGUCUCAUCUGUGCUAAACUCUGUCUGAUCUAUAGACGUGUUUGAAGAGCACCUUCAGGAGCAGCUUCUGUAUGUAUGUGAAUACUGGUGUGUUUUCUGGACAGGCCAUUAUGCUGCAGAACGGACAUGAGAUUAUGACCUCUGACCCUUAAACACGAUAUCAACCAAUUUGAGGAUGCUGUGACCUGUAAUCCACAUUGGGGACUCUUUGUGAACCCUCUAACCUGUAGCAAAGCCCUUCCAACACAUUUUUUUUUCUGUCUAAUGAACAUCAGUUCUGUCACAAAUGGCAUCCUUGUGUUUAGGUUCAUUUUAGUGACUGCUGUUUUUGAUCAUGUCCAGCUUGUGUCAUUACGGUGAAUGUAGUGUUUAGUUAGUUUAGUUCUGACACAAUUCAGUUUCCGACACGUUCAUUGGCUGCUGUCUUUUUUGUUUUCCCUGUGAGUGCUGAAAUGCCAGUUUCAUGUUCCUUCAGCCCAGCCAUGUCUCCAGCCGUCUAUGUAAAUAUGUUUAUUUGUUUUUAUUUAUGUUCACUGCUUAAAUCAAUCCAUUGGAUUGGUUGAGUUAUAAAUAAGGUAUAUGAAUGCACUUCAUCCAGUGGAGUGCGUUGAAAUAUUGAGACUUCUUACAAGUCAGAAUUUAAUAAACAUUCUAUGAUGUU